AUGUGAACGCAUGUUUGGCAUCAAUCCACGGGUAAUCCGCAUCACAUUCUCAGCAACAACACAACGGUGUAUCAUCAGAUGGACCCUAUGGAGAGACUUGUUGUAUAUGUGUCUCGAUAACAUAUGUGGUUGAUACCUGAGCUCAUCAUCCUUUCGUGCAGGGCUCCUUUGCGGAUCAGUACAGGGUGAUACAGAUGUCCGGAUCCUAUCAACCCAGUCCCGAUGCGGAAACUCAGCCACCAUGGACAACAGCAUUCUUAUCACAACGCGACGUAGCGUUCGAGCUCCCCAUUGAUUUCAUCACCAAGCCCGGUGUCUCAUUGACUGCGGCUUGCUUUGCGAGCAACCGGUUCGAAGACGAUGCAAUCAAACUAUGCGUCUCGAAUCUAUUGGCGAUGGGAUUCAAAAGGUUGGUAGUGGACCUCUACUGGGAUGCCGGUCGGGCCGUCUGGAGUCUAUGUCCAGCAGAGGUACCGGAAUCGGCGUCGACAGGAGAUGACACAUCCAUCGCCAGUGCACCUUCAUCAAGGUCGACGGCUUUCAUCGCAAGUGGUGUGCUAUCAGACGACCAGACUGGGUCACCACCAGCUCCCACCGAAGCUGGGGCCGCAAAAGUCAUGGCGAGACAAGACUCGUCCGCAGGUCUAUCAGGAUCGAAUUCCCCAUCAGAGAUCAGUUCUCCUGUAAGCUCGACGACGACCACCAUAGUGACAUCUCCUUCGCCUAUGGCAACAUAUGUCUCUAGUAGUAAUGGCAAUGACGAAACGCUGCUUCAGAUCGGGCCCUACAGCUGCACAGCUACAAGCAGCCUAUCCCUGCUUGCAGACAUCCUAUAUGGAUACUUUCAAGCGUCCGAAACUACAGUCGUUGUCGAUCUAACCAUCCUUGAACUCAACAUACAUGCUGCUGCAUCAAGCUCGAACCCUAGCAGUCCGGCAGCAUCUCCCGCCGAUUCUCAACUCCCUCAGGGCACCCAGCUGCUAAGUGGCGCACUCAAUGCGAACCUGUCCGCAAAUAUAUACACCCCAACAAUGCUCGACAUCGAUCGCGCGAACCUCAACCAAAGCUGGUUCGAGAUCCCUGGCCCGGACGCACCUAUCAUCCCCUAUCUUACCCUCGAAAAAGACGGCAACACCUACUCGACGCCUUCAGGAUGGCCCACGGAGACCUUCACCAACUUCGACCGGUACUCCCGGAUGAUUGCGUACAUCGGCAGAGUGGACCCCCAGAUGUCGAACUACAACUUCAGCGGAGACGCAGAUACCAUCUUCAUGUCUGGGACCAUGGAAGCAGUGCGAAACGUUACACUCAGCACCGACGGUGCCAUACGCUCAGGAUGCUUCUUUGACAGAACAGUCCCCGCAAUCACAGAAGCCACAAACAACUCCUGGGCUGUCACCUCAAACCUGAACAUCCCCGCGAGCGGAACCCUCAGCGACAGCACCUUCUCCACCCUAUCCAACCUCUCGUCCUGCGGCAUCUCCUCGCUCCUCAACCAGACGCUCGCAGGCCAGUCCGCCGACACAGACCCAGCCACAUACCGCGCCUUUGCCAACGCAGCAACAAUCUGGUCCUGGGCCCCCGACCAGCCCAACACCACCGACCCAGCCAGCAAAGACGACACCAACAACAGCAUCAACUUCGACGACAACAACGACGACACCACCGGCCAACAAGGCCUCCUCUGCGCCGCCCUCUACCCCUCCCUCAACGGCCGCUGGAAAGCAACAAACUGCCAAUCCCACCACCACGCCGCCUGCCGCAUCGCCUCCCAGCCCUACGCCUGGACCCUCUCCCCCUCCCCAGGCCCCUUCACCGACUUCGCCUCCCCCUCCCGCUGCCCGCCAAACAGCUCCUUUAGCGCUCCCCGCUCCGCCCUCGAAAACACCUGGCUUCUCUCCCUCCUCAUCGCCGACACCGACGAAGACCAUCACACCACCCGCAACGCCUCAGACCCCAUCUUCAUCAACUUCCAAGCCAUCGACCGUCCAGACUGCUGGGUCGUCGGCGUAAACACCACGUGCCCCUACCUCGAGGACCCAAACGAGAUUCGCACCCGCACCGUCGUCGUGCCUGCCGUCGCGGCCGUCGUCAUCUUUGCCGUUGCGGCGCUCAUGUUCUUCAUCAAGUGUGCGUCGAAUCGCAGGAAUGCGAGGCGCGGGAGGCGGCGGAGAGGGAGUGUCGGUGGGGCGGAUCGCGGGGAUUAUGAGGGUGUGCCGAGUUGAGGCUCCUCUUGAGAGAUGGUGGAUAUGACAUGACAUGGGGUGUCUUGUUUGCUCGUCUUUUGGUGUCGGGUCGAUGGCUUAGCUUCGCUCAUGUGUGGGAGACGAGACGUGUGUUACGACUGCAAUUGUACACUAACUAUACUUUUCGUCAUUCGAAAGAAGG